UCUGUCUGAAACUGGAUGGAACAGAGCUCGUUCUCUUCAGAACCUCUCAGCGACAGGGAGGAGGACUACAGGUUCCUUCACAGCAUGUUGAUGGAGAAGAAGCUUCAGCUACUUUUUAAGAUCCACGAGCAGCUGAGGCGUUUUGAGAAGCGGAGUCCAGUCGCCGUCCAGAAGCAUGCAGCAAGCUUGGCCUCAGAGAUGGAAGAAGAGCUGCUAGUUCAAGGCAAUAGUGAUGAAGUCAAGGAGCUGCUUGUCCUCGUUUCCAAACCCACUUUUAAGAGUCUCUUGCGUGUCCACGACACUGUGGCUCAAAGAAACUUUGAGCCCACCUUGCCACCCAUACCUGAUGAUGCAAUGGAGGAUGAAGAAGAUUCUGUCAAAAUUGUCAGCCUGGUCAAAACCAAAGAGCCCUUGGGGGCAACAAUUAAGAUGGACAAAUCUACUGGAGCCAUUGUUGUGGCCAGGAUCAUGAGAGGAGGUUCAGCUGAUAAAAGUGACCUCAUCCAUGAAGGAGAUGAGCUGAAGGAGGUUAACGGAGUUUCCCUGAAACACAGAAAACCAAAGGAAAUCCUUCCUCUCAUGGCUUGUUCUCAGGGUGACAUUAAAUUCAAAAUAAUUCCUGGAUCCUCCAACGAAGACAUGCCAUUUAAUAUUAAAAAGUUUUUUGUGCGGGCUCUGUUUGACUACGAUCCUGUGGAUGAUCCAGCCAUCCCAUGCAAGGAUGCUGCCCUUGCCUUUAAAAGGGGCGACAUCCUCCGUGUUGUCAGCAUGAAAGACAACACCUGGUGGCAGGCCUGUUGCCUGGAGAAUGGCAGCGAUCGGGCAGGUCUCAUUCCCUCAAAGCAACUGCAGGGAAGAAGAGUUGCAUUGCAGCGACCCAAAGCCCUGUUCAAGCCUAGGCUGAUCAAAACACCAGAUGAUGAGAAAGAGUUUCCAGUUACAGAGGACGAAGACUAUGGAGCUAUUUCAGGGAUCCACAUUGGGCCAGGUGGCGUUGGCACAACUGAACUAAAGAGAAGGCUAGUGAUCUCCGACCCCGACCAUUAUGGCACCAGUGUGCCAUACACAACACGAGAGAAGAGGAAACAGGAGCGUGAAGGAGUAGAUUAUCAUUUUGUCUCUGUUCAAAAGUUUGAGGAGGACAUUCUGAAUCAGAGGAUUGUAGAAUAUGGUCAGUACAAAGGUCACUACUAUGGAACAAAUCUAGAUGCUGUGCACAGAGUGAUGGCUGAAGGCAAGGUGUGCCUCCUGGAUGUGCACCCUAGUAAAAUAGGCUGUGUGUACUCCUUUGAAUUCAAACCUUACGUGGUGUUUGUGAAACCUCCACGAAUCGAGGAGCUGCGCCUCACCAGGAGGAGAGCUAAAUUUGUAUGUGAUGAAGAAAACACGAACCAAGUCAGAAUCUUUUCA